GAUGACCUUCAUUGCUAAGACCUUCUACGACCUGAGGGCCACCUCGCUGGAAGGGGACCCUGUGGACUUCAACGUCUUCAGGGGACGCGUUGUCCUCAUAGAGAAUGUGGCCUCGCUCUGAGGCACCACCACCCGGGACUUCAGCGAGCUCAGUCAGCUACAGAGCAAGUACCCUCAUCGGCUGGUGGUCCUGGGCUUCCCAUGUAACCAGUUUGGAUACCAGGAGAACUGUACCAAUGGCGAGAUUCUGCAUUCACUGCAGCACGUGCGACCAGGCGGCGGCUUCAAGCCCAACUUCACCAUGUUCGAGAAGUGCGACGUCAACGGAGCAAACACACACCCAGUCUUUGCCUAUCUGAAAAGCAAACUCCCCUUCCCCGAAGACGACCCCAGCUCCCUCAUGCAGGAUCCCAGAUUCCUGGUUUGGAGUCCGGUCAGCAGGGCGGACGUCUCCUGGAACUUCGAGAAGUUCCUCAUCGGGCCGGAGGGAGAGCCCUUUAAGAGAUACAGCAAGAAUUUCCCAACUAUUGAUGUAGAGCCUGACAUCCAAAGACUGCUAAGAUUAACAAAGACCUAAGAAUAGCCUCUGCCACCUAAUGGCUUUCCAUCCAUUACUGUCAAAACUGGCAUGCUGGCCUCCACACAUUUAAGCCUUAAUAAAUGAGGGUAAUAUUCUAAAUCGUUGAUGGAAUAUCAUCUGAGGUCACAUAAGUGCUUAAAAUUAGUGGAAGUUCUUUUUUAUUUUUCAAAACUGAUUGCAAAUAAUAGAUGUAUUUUAUAGAGUAUGAUCAUUGGGGAAACCUGAGAAUGGAUCCUUUCUGUUUUUGGUCUUACGUUAGUGCUACCAGCAGAUGGCGCUACCCAACCAUCAUGCAAAUAGAAACUCCAGUCACGCUUUUAUGAAUUGGCAUUCAAAGAGCAAACAAAAAUGUUUGCGCUGAAAUAAAAUCUUGAAGCCUACAUCGGUCUCUCCUUGAGGUGUUUUAUUACUUUAUUUAUUGCCUGUCCGAAAUAAUGACAUCUUCUGCUCAGAGACGAAGCUCACAAUAAAGAUU